AUGACCACCGAUAUUGAUCCAGAUAAUAUGGCUGUUGAUUACGACUGUACAAAACAAAAUAUCAGUAACAUAAAAGAAUAUUUAGAUUGCUCCAAGAUUAAGUUUGAGUAUCGUUUAACUAACGAUAAAAUGCAACUAUCCACAUUCGAUGAUUUUGUUUUGCUCAAAACUAUUGGCCUGGGUGCUUUCGGGCGCGUUUUUUUAGUCCACCACAAAUCUGAUAACAAGACAUUUUUGGCCAUGAAAGUGAGUUAAUUUAUGAGUUGUUUUGUUUAGAGUAUUGCCCAAGAUUAAUCUCCAGCUUGACCCCCACUAAAAAAAAAAUACAUUUGUUUUAUGUAGGUAGAUAAAAAAUUAAAAAUUAAAAUACUAUUUUAAAUUUUUCUAUAAUAUAUAUGCUACUAUUGAUUCGCCUACCUAUAUCGAAUUAACAUUUAAUUUCUGAGCAAAUUUUAUCUGGGCGGUACUUUAAGGUGGUCAUUUUUUUGAUUUUCUUCUAGGUUAUCAUAAUAAUUUGGAAAAAACAGCUAAAACGAAAAAUUGUAUGAAAUAUAUUAUUUUAAAUUUUGAUUUUUUGUUGUGAUUUAGUUAAAAAAUUCAUAGACUUAAAAUUUUUUUUAUAAGAUUUUUUAUAACGAAUUUUGAUGAAAAUUGUAAAUAUUUUGGCCUUUCAAAACAAGUAUAACCGAACUUUACUCAGAACUAUUUUUCGUUAGCAAUGGUAAAUCGUUGCAUAAAUAUAUACAUUCAAUUUUCUUCUAUAACUUACCUACCUAAUACCUACCUAUCUACAACAGUGGCCCAUCCAUGGUGCGAAGUAUGUCCGUCUUUUUUUCAAUAAUAAAUUUAAAUAUUGAACUCUUUAAGGUAUAAUUUUACUGGCGCAGCGUUGCGUAGGUUGUAGGUAGGUAGGUAUAUUGGUAAUAUUGCAGGUAUGCCAUUAAUACUUGACUAAAUGUGAAAAAAUACAACAGUUUUUAUCUCGACAUGCUAUGCCAUUAUAAUGCUAAUACCUGCGAACAAGGCUAAUCGAAAUCAUGACUCACUAUUACUUACCAACGUAAGAUACAUCUAAUAACAAACAGGUAGGUUGGUAAAACUUUUCGAGGUGUUAUCCAUAUAAGUACAUUGAGGUACAUAGACAUGUCCACGGGAGGGGUAGGGUGGAGGAGGGCAUGCCAUUGGGGUGCAGAUUAUGCAUCUGCAUUUCAAUGCGAGAUCAGGUGAUCGUUGCUACAGUUCGCCUAUUCUAACUUUCGUAUGUAGUACCGAAUUACUCAUAAUAAUUUAAUUUAUAUUCUUAAAUUGUUUUGAUACCACAUAAUUUUUCACAUAACUAUACAACCGCGUGUAUAGUUACAUGUUGUAUACAUGUUUUUAUUUUUAUCAUUUAUUUUCAGUUAGGUUUAAUCUAUUCAGUUUGUAUCAGUGGCGUAUCUAGAGUUCAAUCAAGGAGGGGGUAUUUUAGAAAUUGUAAUACACUGCAAAAUAUCACAACGGGUCUUCGUCCCCCCCAAAAAAGCAACAGUUAUUAUUUCAUUUUUUUAUAAUUCCUCUCCUUGGCAAUUAAAAAAAAUAGUUUAUAGGUAUAAUCUAUAAUUUAUAAUAUACAAAAACAAAAAAAAAUGAUGUUGAUAAAUAUUAUAAUAUAAUCAAAACCCGAAAUCGGGCAACUCUCAGAAAUGUGAAAAAUUUAAAUGUAUGAAUGUUAUAGUUUUGCCCAAAUGAUGUUGGUCACUACUAUAGAGAUUUAUUUGGGAAAAAGCCGAAAUAUGACGUUUUGACAAGUAUUGUAGACAUUUCGCGUUUUGCCUUUGCAUUUCUGAGAUUUGCACGGUUUUGGCGUUUACCCGUAACGGCCGUAACAUAAUAUACAUAAUAUGUAUACAUUAUUAUUUAUUCAUAUCAAAAGAUUAUACAUACAAUUAAUGGCGUAUAAAGGGGAGGGUUUUGGGGGUUCAACCACCCCCUCUGAAAUUUAUGGUUGGUAUUAUAUAUUAAUUAUAGACAAAAAAUUGCAUUAGUUAUAUCAUUAUUACUACUUUUUGGUAACGCUAAUAAAAAUACUCAAGAAAUAAUAAAUAAUACGGUUAUAAAUACGAGUACUAUUGUUAUAGUAGUAUUAUUUUAUUGCCUUUAAUUACAGCUGAAAAAUUCAAAAGGAGGGGCGAUCCACCCAUCGCUCCCCCCUUAAAUACGCCACUGAUUCAGUAUAACGUAAUUCAUUGAGAAAACUGAAAUCAAACAUUGUUUGUUUUUUAUUGAAAGUUCAGCGGGCACCCACAAUCUUGCUGAUUUAAAAAAAGACCUUAAUAGUUAUUUGUUAUAAGUUAACUAGUUAACUAUGAGUGGUUAUGAAUGAUUUAUGGUUUAGGUUGCACCUCCUGCGAAAAAGGUCUGGACACGCCUAUAUGCAUUGGGUUACUAUACAUAGUUUAUUCCGAGUUUAAACCAAGCCGACAAACAGGAACAAUUGUUUUUCGACAAAUAGGAGACAAAAUGGAAAUAAUUGGAUAUAUCAUUAUUUAUUAAGAUUGAAAAGUUAUGGAAAUUGCAUAUUUUUGACUAAUUAGGUACUUUAUAACUAGGUGAGCUAACAGUCUGUUUUUUUUUCAUAUUUUGAUUAUUAUUUUAAGAAUUGUGUAUCAAUGUUGUGUAUAACAUAUUAGAGUACCUACAUAUUAUAUAUGCAUUUUUAGUAAAACAAUUUAUAUUUUUUAAAUAAAAUGUAUCUCAUAAAACAAUACAUAAUUGAACACAAAACUUGUAGUUUCAAUAAUAUAGCGUUACAAAUAAAUACAUAACUAUUUUGUCUAUUUUAUAUUAGUUUUUUUUUUUUUGUUUAAAUGGGAUGUUUACAUUUUGUGGCUGUUUAUAAUUUAUUGCAAAAUUUAAGUAUUGAAUUUGUUGCUGUUGUGUCUUUUUUAAUUUUGUCGGCUUGGUAUGAACUAAGCAUUACAUAGGAUAGUUUUUCGUAAACAUUUGUAUUAAUUUAUUUUAUGAUUAUACAUUAAGUAAGUAGAUAUACAAUGUGAGACGAUGAUACUAAAGGACUCGUAUCGGUAUGACUGUUUGUCGCAUGUAAAUUUAUUUUGGAAGUGAAUUUGAACGGAUAUUUUUUAGUCCAUCAUAGUUUUUCAUUUUAUUCUUAAAAUUGCCUAUUCACCAAUCCCUAAGCGCUGAGCGUAUUUCAUACUACCUAUAAUAUUAUAAAUGUUGAACGUUCAUUUCUCUGUCAAUAUUUAUUAUAUUUUUGUAUAGUCGUAAACGUGACUUGCAAUAUUACUUCACAUGGUAUAUCGAGAAAUAUUAUAAUAUAUGACGUUAAGGCAGUUUGUCACUAUAACUUCCAAUCCAGAUAAUCUGACCUAACCACUGUAUUAUAAUUUAUCGGUGUACCUACGUACAUUUUCGUAAAUGAACAUCUUAUAUUUGUUAUGACAGGUAAUAAAAAAAGAAGAAGUGUUGCGGAGAAAUUAUUUACAGCACGUGUUGAAUGAGAAACGAUUUUUGACCGCCAUUCAACACCCGUUCAUUGUUCACAUGGAAUAUUAUGCACACGACAUUUGCAAUUUGUAUUUUGUGAUGCCUUUCGCGGUCGGUGGAGACAUGUUCGGUUUGAUCCGGGAAAACGGUAUGCUAAAUGAAUACAGCGCCAAGUUUUACUCCGGACAAUUAGUGCUGGCUCUUGAAUACUUGCACUUGAUGAACAUAGUUUAUAGGUGACAUAGUAUUAUAUUUUCAAUGAUUUUAAUUUGAAAGUUAUUUGGUUACAUAUGUCAAUAUAUGUACGGUAUAAUUUGUAUCGGUGUUAUAUCGAAAUAAAAAUGUUGUCCAUGUACAGAAAAUCGGUAUAGUCGAAUUACACAUGUUACCUAAAUUAAAUAGGUAAUUUAACUGCACUUAGGUCAAAAUAAUUUGAAAACAAUUAUUAUCUACUAAAUUCUUUUACAGCGUUAUUUUUUGGGAUAGUUGACAUCAAAUCGUUUGUAUUAUAAAAGACACCAUCUUCAACUGAAUUUAAAAAAUUUAAUAUGUUACGAAGAUAUUUUCCAAUUUCUGUUUUAGAUUUGUAAUCCCUAAUCAGAGUAACUAGUCCCAUAUUCUGUAUUUUGCGAUAGUUGCGAUAAAUAAAAUUUAAAACCAAUUAUUUUACAGUUUUCAUUAAGGAAACAUUGCAUAGACAGCAUUAUGGAUUGUUUGUUUGAAAUCAACUACAACUAAAUUUGGCAUAGAUAUUAAAUUGCUUUUUAGAUUCUGAACUAAGCGAGGAAUGUAUUGGUUUUACAAUGAUGUUUAGUUAUACUGUGUACAAAAUUUCUCCAAUAAAACAGGGUCUAUAUCUUUUCGCUGCCAUUCAUUUCUCCACCUUUAAUUUUGCCGCUAACUAUUCGCCUCGAGAUAUUUUUUUCGUUUGAAAGCUAGUGUCGUAGUUUUUCAACGUAUGUCGAUGGGAUCUUCCCUAUAACGCAUAGAUUUUUACAUCUGUCAGGGGUAUUUUAUAUUAGAUAUACCUUUUAGAGGGGUAUACCUCAGUGAGAUUUGAUGAUAAGAAAGUGAUUUUACCGCUAAAAGUACCAUCUGGACAAUAUUUCUUUUCAGAAAUGGUUUCGCGCAUACAUAUCGGAGCAAGAUUUCUAGUAUAAUUUUUGUAUACUGAAUAGAAAAAAAAAAAACAUCUUUGUAAAACCAAUACAUUCUUCGCUACACUCAGAAACUCAGAAGCUCGAAAGUUAUACUAUAAUUUAUGUAAACGAUGAAAAAAUGUAACAAGUGCUAAAUGAUAAGUUAUACGUCGUUUUUAAACUUAAUAAAUAUAGAAAAAACCGUAAGAUUUCCUGAUUCAAAAUUGAAUAAUUUGAACAAAUAUAUUCUAAAAGCUAAAACAAUAAACUUACCUUAUUUUAUAAAAUCUAUAUUAUGUUUUAAAAAAGGAAAAUCAAAUAUUCCUACACUUUCCUUUUUAAACGAGAUUACAGUAUGGUAAUGACAUUUUUAUUAAUGCAGCUUUUUAUACUAUACAAGCAGUCCCACGAUACAAAAAAAAUGUUUAAAACAUUUUAGCGAUUUUUGAGCUCUUUAUAGGCAUUUUAAUUUUGCAAGUUUUUACGUAAUUUUUAUUUGUACUCUGUGGAUAACAUUACUCGACUUAAUAGAAAUGUUUGAAAAUUUAAUAUAAGGUUCAUUAUAAAUCGUAAUUUGCAGUCAAAAAAUAAAAAACUGUAAUGUAGAACUUUUUUUAUAAGAAUUUAAAUAUCAAAUUGUGACCCAAGUGCAGUUAAACCUUAUUAGUUUUUAUCUUUUUUUUUACCAAAAAAAUCAACUAAAACAAAAGAAAUUCGACUUUACCCCGGAAAAUACUUAUCGUAUUAAAUAUAACUUUUUUUUUUAAUAUUAAUGUUGGUUUUGCAUAAUUUCUAUUGUUCAAUCGUUUAAUGUAAACCGAAAAACCAUUUUCACUUAAAACAAAUGAAAGCAUCGGUGCAAUAACCAAAGAAGUUCACUUUUGAAAAUGUUUCAAAAGGGAAAAUCAAAAAACUGUUUAUAAAAUUGAAAAAUGAACCGAACCUUAAAAAUGUGGUAUCAUUUGCGUAAAUAAAAGAUAGACCAAGUUAAAUAAUUUCCUUUAUUGUGCAUACUAUAUUUGUGAUAAUAAUUUUAAAAAAACUAAACAAUUUUGAAAAAUAUACUUUUAAUGGUCGCAAUUACUAGUUAAAUUAAAUAUUGAUUAUGAACAUAUCUAACUUUUGCAAUUAAUCGAAAGUAAUAAUCUGGUUUGAUCAAUUUCUAACAGUAUGUAUGAUAAAUUAUAACUUUAUAUUAAGAUGUAUAAAUAUGUUUUAAAUUCUGAGUGAAGCUAUAUUUACAAUGAUGUAUUGAUGUGUAUAUUUUUUUUUUUUUUGUUGGUAAACAAUUUUUAUCUUAGAAGUCUUGCUUCAAUCAAAACAUUAAUAUCUGAGAUAAUAAGGAAAAACUGGUUCUUUCCUUAGGUUAAAAAAGAUUAAAAGAUGAAAAUAAUAUUGUCAUUGGCAACCGUUUUUAUUUGUUUUUUGUUUUAGUUUAUUAAUCUUUUAAUCUUUGUCGUAAAAACAUACUUUUUACAAACAUAUUUUUUUUUGUUAUUGUUAGUAUUAAAGAAUUGCCUAACCGAGCUUCGGUCAUCGUUUUUUAUUAGCAAUGGUUUAUCAUUACUUACAUGUAUAAAUUAAAUAACAUUAUUAUGUAUCCCACCUUCCCACCUACUCACCUAAAAUAGUGACUACACGCGUCUCCAGUAUCGGCUCAAAAAGAUUUGUCCCGGGCAUUUGAAAGUCUAAAUCCGGCCCUGUUUGUAUAUAAAAAUUGUAAAUGAAAUUUGUAGUUACUUAUUAUAAGCGUGUCAUGUAAAGAAAAUUGUGGGGGUAUUGCAUCCAUGGAUCUGUGAUUAAGUGUCUGUAAUUUUAGCAACCCCAAAGCCUAUGUAGCAAAGCCCAGAUACUUUCGGACGUAUUUGAUUAUUACAUUGAACGAAAAAAAAAAUAGGUACAUCUGAUGUUUUUUACAGAUAUAUCUGGACAUAUCUGGUUAUUGCGACCGAAGAAAAAUUGAAAAAUAGUUUUGUGUAAGUAUAUAUCUACUAUAAUAAUGAUUACACGUAUAUAGUCGACGCAAAAUCUUUUUUUUUUAAGAUUUCAAAAUAAAAUGAUUUCUGAAAAAAAGUGAACUUAUCUGGUUAUUUUACCGGUACCUUCAAACGAAAUUAUCAUUUAAAAUAAGGCUGAGAGAUAAAAAAAAACCUUAAUUACGGAAUUCGAAAUUAACAAAAAAACAUCAAUAUUUACCUACAAGAGAACGUCAUCGGUAGUUUUUUUCUAAAUAGUAAAUGUGUGUGGCUUUUUUGUUUACCGAAAUUUUUUGGCGAAUUUAGAACCGUUCUUAAAACACUGAUGAAACGUUUCUCUUGCAAAUGUUGUUUUAUAUGUAUGUGUAUAAAAGUUAUUGUAUUAUUUUUUGUUGUACAUACGAUAUUUUAAAACCGCUAUGAAGGGUAUUAUAUUUUGUCUUGAACAUACUAUUGUCAUGCCGAAAUUACAUUUGGACAAGACUCUGGAGUCAGUGGCGUAUUUAAUGGAAAGACGAAAGAAACAAUUUCCCCGGGUGUCAAAAUUUCAAAGACGAUAAAUUUAAAUGACUAGGUAGAAAUUUUUAGAGGACAGAAAGAGUAAGAUUGGAGUUAGGAUAAUAAAGAAUAUAUUUUAAGUAUGGGUGUGCUUAUGUGAACGGGUGAAGGGUGAAUUUUUUUUUACCGGAUCGUAAAAAUCCAUAAUGCGCCAUUUCCUGGAGUGAUUGCAACCUAAACAAACCUAAUCUAAUCUAACGUUAGGGAUUUGAAGCCUGAGAAUGUACUCAUCGACGCCAACGGUUACAUACUGCUAACGGACCUCGGGCUGAGCAAGCGGAUAGCCAAACGGACCACAACCCUGUGUGGUACCCCACAAUAUCUGGCUCCCGAAAUAAUUUCGGUAAAAGCGUACGGCAAGCCGGUAGACUGGUGGGCGCUGGGCAUCGUAAUUUUCGAAAUGGUCGCCGGCGCGAUGCCAUUCAACGCGAACACUGACAAGAAGCUCUACGUGCAAAUUUUAAGCGGCUCAUACAAAAUGUCCACAAACUUUACGCCCGACCUCGCAGAUCUCAUUAGAAACCUAUUACAGGUCGAUCUGACUAAGAGAUUUGGCAACUUGCAAAAUGGAAUCGACGACAUCAAACAACAUCGGUAAUUUUGUGUUAUAAUUAUGCUAAUAAUUCAGUUAAUAUUAAUUAAUUUACUUUUUUCAAUCGGGUUUCGUGCUAGGGAGACACAUAAUAUGUGUAGCAAAAAUUUUGUUUUCAGUCCUUAAUCGUUGAAAAAAAAUAACUUUAUUUUAUCACUUUUAAAAAUAAAAAAAGGUAAAAUAAUGGGGAUACACAUGGGAAUUUAAUGUAUAUCUGUAAGCAACGAUAAACCAUUACUAACGAAAAAACGAUUCUGAGCGGAGUUCAAUUGAUAGUUAUCCUUUUUCAACAAUAUACAAUAUACAAAUAUAUAUGCCCUAUUAUAGUAAAAUAAUUAAAUAGACUCUAUACAUUUUUUUUAAUAAUAUUUGUUUAAUGUUAUACCGAUUUCCCCGGUCUUCCUACGUUUUUCCCGGUUUUCCUAUGUUAUUCCCAGUUUUUCACAUUUACUGAAAAAACUCCAGAAAAAAUCAAAAAAUUACUUUUCUUAAGUACCUCCCGUAAUGAAAUUUCCUUUUAGAAAAAUUGCUCACGUAAAAAACGGAGCAAGUCUUCUGGUAGAAAAGUUGUCCACAAAGAAAAAAAUUAAAAUAAAAUAAACAUAUUUGUAAAACCAUAAGCUUCUUCGCUUCACUCAGAAUCUAAAAUUGUAUAAAAGAUACUUUUCCACUUUAAAUUAAUAACUAUUAGAUGCAAAUGUAUAAUACAUUAAUAUUUUUAGAAUAGUAUAUUUUACAAAAUGGGUAUUUUGAAAAUUUAAAAAGUGGAAAAAUAAAGAGUUAUUUUUUCAGUGAUUAAAAGAUGAAAAUAAAAAUUUAAUCCAAUUCACACAAAAUCCGAUUGAAAAAAAAAUGAAUAUUAACAGAGUUAUUAUUUAUUAGCAUAAGAAUAACACCCUUUAUAAAGAUUUACUAUCUAGGUAUUUUGUAUAGUGAUCUAGUAAAAUUGGGUCCCAAAGUGUUUCCUGAAUCAAACCUAACCGAACGUCCUUUUUCCCAAAGGGCGUUUUUUCUGAAUUGUAUAUUUCCCAAACGGUAUAAUUUCUGAAUACUAUGUUUUGAUUUUGCCGGAAUAUCAUUUUUCCCGAAUGAUGUAUUUCCUUUCCCGAAAAAUAUUUAUUUUGUUCUUACUUAAUUAUAGUUAGUUAGAUAUAAUUAAAGCUUAAAAAUUGUAAUAUUAAUAUAAAGUUAAAAGGUAGUAGAAAAGUAGAUAAAAAUUGUUGAUACUGAGGAUGGGAGCGGCCACUGUUGUAGAUGAGAAGUUGGAAAGGUAGGAUACAUAAGGUUAUUUAAUGUAUAUUUGUAAGCAACGAUAAACCAUUACCUGAUGAAAAACGAUUUCGAGUUCAGUUCUGUGAUACAUAAUUUGAAGUGCCGUAAUUUUUUUUUUUGCGAUUUUCGUUUAAAUUUGAUUUCAAAACGCUUAUUAAAAAUAAUUCGUCCGAUGAUUUUGAAAAUUUAACCACGUUUAGGUAAGUUCAAUAUAAGUAUUAUUACCAAAUUUCAAGUCUCUACGUGUAUUUAUAACUGAAUUGCAGUAAAAAAUCUCCCAAAAAUUAAAAUUCCUUUAAAGCUCAAAAGGGCUCAAAAGUUUUGGCUAUGAUACCAUAAAAAGUUAAAUCGAAAAGUCAACAAAAAAGGUAUUUAGUAAUUUUUCGAUUAAAUCAUUUUUUCUGGUAGAAAACGUCGUCUGUGUUUUUAUAAAAUAAUAAAAUCAUGAAAUUGUACGUUUUCCCACGUUUUUUCUCAUUUAAGUGCUUUUUUUUAAAAAAUAACGUCGAAAAUUAAAAAAAUGAAAUCUUUAAAGUACAAUCUAGAUAACUUGAGCUUUCAUGAAAGUUGCCACAUGUAAAAAUCGGAGCAAGUUUACUAGGAAAAAACGUGUCCACAGAUUAGAAGAAGAAAAGAAAAAUAAACAUCUUAAAACCAAUAGCAUGGAAGUCUUAGUUGAAAAAAAAAAUGAAACCAACGAAAAAAAUUACAUCCUACGAUAAUGGAGACGAAUGCAGCCACUGCUAUAGGUAAUUUAAUAUACAUCUGUAAGCAACGAUAAAACAUUUCUUACAAAAAAACAAUUCUAAGCGCAGUUCAGUUAAUAGUGAUGCUUUGUCAAAAUUAUAUAUGUCUUAUUAUAGUAAAAUAAUUAAAUAGGCCCAAUGAAUUAUUUUUUAAUUAUAUUUGUUUAAUAUUCUACCGAUUUUCCCGUUUUUCCUGCGUUUCUCCCGGUUUCUCCAUGUUUUUUACCGGUUUUUCACAUUUGCUGGGAAAACUAUUGAAAAAAUCGAAAAAUGACCUACCCAAAGUACCUCCCCAGUUAGAUUUUCUUUCAGUAUAAGUGCUAUCAUUGUAAAUUGAAGGGAAAAAAUCGUAAUAUUUUUCUAUUAUAUUUCGUACAAUUUCCGUUUUUCCGACAUUUUUUCUCGGUUUUUCCCAGGUAUUAUGAAAACCGCUUGAAACAUCAAAAAAAUAAUCUCCCUAAGGUAUCAUAGAGAUAAAAUUUUCUUUCGGAAAAUAAGCAACACUUGAUACAUCGGAGUAAGAUGUAUCUGCUCCGGUAUUUCUUGUAGAAAAGUUUGCACAACAAAUCGAGGGGUAUUUUGCGAUUAAUAUAGUCCGAGAGAGCGAUAUAUUUGGUUUCUAGGUACACCUAAAAUGCAUUUUUUUCCCUGUUUUGGUAAAAGGUAAAAAAUAAGUGGAACAAUUUUUUCGGGACAUGGGUUUGAACUCGCGACUCUUAGGAUGACGAAAGGUAUGAAUAUGCCAAAGUAUAUUUACCUGAGUAUUUUUAAUUGAAUUACAAAAAAUAACAAAAGUAAAAAAUAAUAAAAGCAUUAUUUUCGUAAAUUUCUUGUUUUUCUUACGUUUUAUCCUGGUUUUUCCCAGAUAUUAUGAAAACCACUCCGAAAAUCAAAAACUUACCUCCCAAAAGUAUUAUCUGGACAACAUUCCCUUUCAGAUAUGGUAUUGCACUUGGAGCAGACCACCUCUUUUUUAAAUUUGUGGUUUUGAGAAAAAUCGAUUUUAAAUUUCAAAUUUGAACUAAGCAUAUAAUUUUUAUGUUAUUUCGGUAUUUUAAACGUUUUAUUUAACAUUACAAUAUGUAACUAGUAUAAGAUACGAUAUUAUUAUCUUCUUGUUAUUAAUUUAGAUUUAUGGCGGUUUUUAAUUAAAUUUUUUUCAUCAUAUAAUACUGCCACAUUUUGAUAUAGUGUAGUAUUACAUUUCGUUUAAAAUACAAUAUCAGCCAUAAAACCUAUAUUAGGUUAGGCUAGUUUAGGCAAUCUUCAAUAUUACUUUUGAGGUCACUGGUUAUAAAAAAUAAAACUGUAAACCUCCACAAACGUAAUUUGGCAAUUUUGAAUUUCGAGACCAUGAUUAAUUUAUGAUUUGACAGAAACUAAUACAUCUAUAUUAGAAAUGUGGCAGUAUUACGUUCAUUAAUGUGAAAAAAAACAGAUCUGUGACGCAGAAUUUAAUCAAGAUAACGUUUGUGGUGGUCUACCAUUAUGUAGUCAACAUUUUUGUUGUUCUGAUGAAAUUUUGAAUUAUUACGGUCUUGCUCCAAGGGUGCGAUAUAUCUGAGCAAGAUUUCUGGUAGAAUUUUUUUACUCAGUUAAAAAAUACAAAAAAUAAUAAUAAACAUCUUUGUAAAACCAAUAUAUUCUGUCAAUAAUAUUAUAUAAUAAAACACAGUAGCAGUUCAAUAUUUAGAAUAUAAAAUAAACUAAAUUUUUAUUUGUUUUUUCUACCCUAUUAGAAAUAUAUUAUUCGGGAAAUAUACCAGUCGAGAAAUAUACUGGUCGGAAAAUAUAUCAGUCGAGAAAAAUAACAUUUGGGCCAAAGGGUUCGUGAAAUAUGGUUUCAGGAGAAAUACUAUUUGGGAUAUAUUCCAUUUGGAGAAUUGAAUUCAUAAAAAAUACCAGGAAUCCGCUGAUUACUGGUUAUUUAGUGCAUAAAGCGAAUUAUUUUUAGGAGGAAAUUGUAUAAAGAUUACAUUACUCCCUAAAAGUUUGCUCUAAGGUUGCGUCUGAGAAUCAACAGUAUUUAGCACUAUUGUCAUUUUGUGAUUCCCGGUAUUCUUCCUGAAACAAAUUUCAUACCGACUAAAACAACAAAAUGUUCAGAAAAAAUAUGUUUUUGUUUUGUCAAUAUUUAUUUAAUCAUAUAGGUAGGCAAAGAUAUACUAUUAUUAUAGUUUAAGAUGUGUUUUUUUUCCUGGGAAAUAUUUUUUCAAUUAAUAAAAUUUCUCCUAUUUCUCUAUGACUUCAUACUAUCAUUAUAGUACUUUAAAAUAUUCGAAUUUUUCAUUUGAUGGUACUUUAUUUGAAACAUUUGUCAAAAUAGAUUUUAAAAACUAACAUAAAAAUGACGAUACAUUAGUUUUAAUUUAUUUUUGUUGAUUUCUAGGUUACCUCGGUUACUAUUGAGAAAUUUAUCUCAUACUACUAUAUAACACUAUAACCUUACGUAGCAGUUUACUCAGAAUCGUUUUUUAUUACAAUAAUAAUUGAUCGUUGUUUUUAUUACCUAAUGUUUCUAUACAUGUAAAUAUAAAUUAUGAAUACAAAUAAAUUACUGUUUUUCCAAUCCUUCUGAACUUCCCCCCUAAAACUAUGGUGCGAAAAAGUUUUGGUUUUUCGAUAUAGUAUUAUGAUAUAAAAAUAAUAUGAGCCAAAAAAAAAAAAAAAAAUAAUAAGUUUUUUGUUUAAAAAGUAUAUUUUUCUUACCAAAUUAAUAAUAAUGAACAAUUGAUUAGGUAAUAUAAUAUCGUAUCUGCCUGAAUCAUGAAAUCUAAUUAAAGCCCCUCAAACUUAUUUCAUUUUAGUUAAAAUAAUGUAUUAUAAUAUUAUGAAUGAACUGUUGAAUUAGUUGUUAUCAUUUUACAGCAUAUUUGUUAUUUAUUUUUUUUUAAUCAUAUUAUGCAUCAUUUAUGUAACAUGAAUGAAUCUAGGUUAUCUGUUUCCUGUUAAAUUCUUUUUUUUAUUUGUUAAUUAUUAAAUAUCAUAAGUGGAAUAAUCUGCGUAGAAAAAUACAUCAUGGAUUAUAAUUAAUAAAUUAUCAUAACCAGAAUAAAUAAAUAAUAUGAAAUCAUAUUACCCAUACAUAUUAUACUAUACGUAUACUUUUUACCAAGGUAUUUAAACAUAUUUUUUUUUUUUACUGAAUUAUAAGUAUCAUUGAAUUAAUAAUUCAAUAUUUUAUAAAAAGCAUAAAAAAUAAAAAUUAAAGCAUUUACAAUAUACGUAUGCAUAGUUUUUCUAUAAACAUGUGUAUAUUUCAUAUUAUAAUAUACCAUUAUAUUUUGUGUAUAUUUUUUUGCUUAUAAUGUACCUAAAUGUAUUAUUAUUUUUAAUUUGUACGAUGUUUACUAGUUGUGGUCAAAAUCAAAAAAUACAUACUAGUUAUGGUCGCCCAAUAAAAGGGUUACCUACUAGUUGCGGUCACCCCAUAAAGUUUACUUACUAAUAUUGCGGUCACUUAAUUAUUGGUCUCCAUACUGAAUGCAGAAUAAUAUUACUUUUUCUAUGAUAUUGAAACAUUAUUUUGUUUACUAUUUUUCAUUUAUAAAGCAAUGCAAAUAGACUUAGUAUUGUCUACACUUUUAUUUAUUGUGUAGAAAAUAGGUAUGGUUAAAAAUGUUUUUUUUUUUUUAUGUACAGAAUUUAUUGUUAAACGUUUUAUUGUAUUAUAUAUAUAUAUAUAUUACAAUUUAAAGUAAUAAUUAAAAUUCUUUAUGAUUGAAAAUGCUGAAAUUCAGAGAUUUACAAAUUUAAAGUAAAUUUAUUUCAUAUACUUAUCAUAUACUAAUUUAUUAAUUUCAUCCUCUUCUUAAUAUCGAAUUUGUUGCACUUGAAUAUUUUAUUUCUCGGUUUAAAUCGUAUUUGUUCGAAUAGUACGUGAACAGUUCAUUUUAAAAUAAUUAUUAGUUUGGAUUUCAUUUAUAGCUUUAAGUAAUACGUUAAUGUUUUGGGUGAUAGUGGUAAAACAUGCUAUUGAGCUCCGAGUAAAAAACUUUCGGACGCCCAUAAUGAUCUUAUUUACAAUGCCGUUUAACAUCUGCAAAUCGAGAGUUUCACCUGCAGAAAAAAUCACAUGUUCGUUUUAUAAAAAAUCGUUUCAUCAAAAAUGCCUUUCUAAUUUCAUUAGGAAUAAAAAUGAUUUACAAAAUUGAGUAUGUGAUGAUUGUGAGCAAAAUGUCAUUAUCAAAAUAAACUACAAGGAAGAACUGUCAUUGUCACGAUAAUGAAAAAAUAUAGUUGUCAUCAAAGAUAAAGGUAAUAUUACAUUUAAUGGCAUUAUUGAAAUAAAAUUAUCAAUCAGUAAAAUCCUGAGGAAAUUAAAUAGUUUAACUACAUGUUAUAACACAGUUGAAAAAGACUGACAUACUUCGCACCAUAUAUGUGUACAGCCACUGAUGUAGAUGAGAAGUUGUAAAGGUAGUAGAGAUGAAAUUUAAUUUAUAUCAAUUGUUGUAAACAACGAUAAAUUAUUGCUAAUAAAAAAACGAUUCUGAGUUAAUAGUGUUGCUUUUUCAACAAUGUAUAUGCCAUAUUAUGGUAAAAUAAUUGUAUAUGCAUUAUAUAUUUCUCUUAAUAAUAUUUGUUUAUAUUGUACCUAUUUUCCCGUUUUUCCCCAUUUAUUGGAAAUACUCAAAUCAAAAAUCAAAAAAUGAUCUCCUUAAAGUACUUCUCCUGCCCAAUUUUCUUUACGAAAAGAUCUUACACUUAAACAUCGGACCAAGAUUUCUGGUAGAAAAGUUGUUACGCAUAGAUAAAAAAAAAGUAAAUAUCUUUGUAAAACCAUAAGCUACUUCGCUCCACUCAGAAUCUAAAAUCGAUUUUUUUCCUAUCUGAUAAAGUAGAUGAAUAUAAUUUAAAAUUAAAAAAAUUAGUUCAAAAAGUAAAUGAUCAAGAUAUAAGAGUACAAGCCUUAUGAAUAUUAUGAAGCUUGUGUCAAUUGAUGAUGUUUAUUUUUUUUCUGCGUAUAACCUAUCUACUAGAAAUUUUGUUCCAAUUUUCAAUUGUAGGUAGCACCUUUUCUGAUAGGAAAUUGUAUCUAGGUGGUUAUUUUUUUUAAAGGGUUUUCAUAAUAAAUAGUAAAAAUUUGGAAAAAUGUAGGAAAUUCGGGAAAAUUUACGAAAUUUAUUAUUUUCAGAUCGUAAUUAUUACGGUCAUUUAAAAAUGUAUACCAAACUCCGCUCAGAAUCGUUUAUUGUGAGCAAUGAUUUAUCGUUGUCUAAAGAUAUACAUCAAAUUUCUUUUCUAACUUUUCAACUUCCGACUUUCAAAAGUGGUUCACCCAUUGUGCAAAGUAUGACUGUUUUUUUUUAUUAUUAAUUUAGCUGCUGUAUGAACUCUUCCACUCCAAACACAAGCUACGCUUAUUAAAAGGGUAUCUAGUUAUUUUUUAGUAUUGUUCUGUAAUUGUAUUGAAUAUAUACAAUAUUAAUUUUUUUUUUUUUGUAUAGAUAAUAAAUAAUAAAUAAUAAUAAUAAUAAUAAUAAUAAGAGCCAUAAUGGCAAAACAAUGAUCAACUUCGAGAACUAUUCGAAACUACACUCAGACUAGAUGCUACAGUGUAUUUUUAUUGGUAUUUAAUACUGCGGACAAGUAAUAGUGUUAUCUCAUAUUAUAUGAGUUAAUGUAUUAUAUUUUUAAAUAUGUUGACCGUCACAAAAUGAUAUUAAUAGUUAUUUGUUAGUUUAACUUGACAUUUUACCAAAUAAUUUCAAUAACUAUAUAAUAGUUGUAUUUAAAAACGUUUUAACAGCACACUUUGGAAAUGUGCUAAAACUCACUAUUUUAAGAACUGUUAAAUUAUCAUCGAAUAAUUCGGACAUUUUAACGCAUGGUUGCAACUCGGUCGAAGAUACACUAUAGUUGAGGUGACCGCAACUCAGAGAUACACUGUAAAUGGGGUGACCGCAACUGUUAUCUUAUACUUAUCACCAACCGCAACUCGUAUGCAGCCAAUUUGCACUUAUUAAUAGGUAGGCAACUUAUACAAAAAUGUACAAUAAAUCCCUUUUCGUUGGUUAUUUUGCACUUUAAUGCAUGUUUAAUAUUUGUUCCAGAUGGUUUAAACAAAUAGAAUGGAUAAUGCUUUUAAAUAAGCAAAUCGAACCUCCGUUCGUACCGAAUUAUACCAGUGCAUCGGAUACAAGUAACUUUGAAAGUUAUGUAGACGAAGACGUAGCCGUCGUAUGUGAAGACAUUGAUCAGACAUAUUUUGAAAAUUUUUAA